GGCGGAAGACACGGGCCGCAGCAGUACUACGCACCACCAGCUUCUACGGUGCAUUCCAGCCAGUCCGGGCCGAGACCUGCAGGGGGUGCUCCUGUUCCAAGACUUCCUAAUGAUGCAUCUGGUUUCCCAUCUUCGGAGGGUAUUCUCGGGUCUGUUCCAUCCCCAGUUGUGUGUCAAAUUUGUUUUUCUGCAGGUCACUCUGCGAUGCAUUGUCUGUCUCGUUUUUCACAAACUUCUGCACCUGCGUUGAUUACUUCAAGUGGCGAAUCCAAUGAUGUUUUGUGGUAUCCAGACUCCGGUGCCUCUGCUCACAUGACCUCUUCUGAAGGACAAACUUUCGGGGGCAGUUCUUCUUCAGGCGCGACAUAGUGGUCAUCUCUACCCUAUCAGUCUUACAUCAUCUACACCGUUAGCUCUUGCCACAGUCACUUCUCCUGGCCCUGUGUGGC